UCUGAGGCUGUUGAUCGCCGCUGGCGGACUUAAGGCGCGCAUUAAAUCGAUCAAUACUGAUCGAUACCGUCGUCUCCGUACAUAUAUAUUUUUUUGCAGUUUUUUGGUUUUCAAUGUUUUAAUGUGAGUUACAAGAGAGUGCGCGACAUAAAAGCAAAGACGUGACGCGUAACGGAUGCAAAGCGAGCUGCGAGCCCAAAAAUGACGGAUCAAGAAAAUGAAAUAAAGCCCGCGGCUGAGCCAGCGGCUUCUGCUCCUGAGGAUUCAACAUCCACAGCUGAGGCUACUCCUGCUGCAGUAGAUGUCCAAGAUGCUUCUGCAGACAUCAUCACACCAACUGCUGCCCCUAUUGUGGAAGACUCAAGCACAGCUGAGGUUACUAAUGAUAAACCCGCUGUAGAGACCAAUGGCAAGGCCUUGGCGGAGGCCAAGAAGUUGCCCGAAGUGUCGCAGAAAAAUGGCAAGGAGCUGGAGAAGAAUGGCAAGGAACUCCAAGAGGUUGACAAUGAAUUCAAGAACGUGUCCGAGGCUGAGGGUCAGCAGAAGAAACUGCCCUACCCCAAGUCCGUGUUCUUCAUCAUAAGCAACGAGUUUUGCGAGCGCUUCAACUACUAUGGAAUGAGAACUGUUUUGGUCCUGUAUCUGAGUCGAGUUUUGGGCUAUUCCGAUGACCUCGCCACCGUGGUCUUCCACAUCUUUACCAUGUUCGUUUACUUCCUGUGCGUUUUCGGUGCCAUUAUCUCGGACUCUUGGCUGGGCAAAUUCAAGACAAUCCUUUAUCUAUCCAUGGUGUAUAUAUGCGGUUCAGUCCUGUUGACCCUCGGUGCCAUUGGUCCACUCAAUCUGCCUGUUGAGACAUUUACCAUGCUGGGUUUGGCCCUUAUAGCCCUCGGUUCUGGUGGCAUUAAACCGUGUGUAUCGGCCUUUGGUGGCGAUCAGUUCAAGGUGCCCGAACAGGUGAAGCAAAUCACCUCGUUCUUCUCGCUCUUUUACUUUUCGAUCAAUGCCGGUUCACUGAUCUCCACCACGGUUACCCCCAUUCUGCGCGAAGAUGUCUCCUGCUUCGAUGACAUCAAUUGCUAUCCCUUGGCCUUUGGUGUACCCGCUGUUUUAAUGAUCGUCUCGGUGAUCAUCUUUGUGCUGGGACGAUCGCUGUACAAGAUGAAGCCACCGGCUGGCAAUAUGGUUGUGUUGGUGAGCAGCACCAUUUGGACUGCUUUGACAACCAAGUGCAAGGAGAAGAAGACAAAUCCCCGCGAGCAUUGGCUGGACUAUGCCGAUGUCAAGUACGAUCGCCAGUUGAUCGAUGAUGUCAAGGUGCUGAUGCGUGUUUUGUUCCUGUACCUGCCGCUGCCUGUGUUCUGGGCACUGUUCGAUCAGCAGGGCUCUCGUUGGACCUUCCAGGCCACUCGCAUGGACGGCGACAUGGGCGCCUGGGACAUCAAACCCGAUCAGCUGCAAGUGCUGAAUCCUCUGCUCAUCCUGCUCUUUAUUCCCCUGUACGAUGUGGCCUUCUAUCCGGCUUUGAAACUCGUUGGCAUUUCGCGGCCUCUGCAGAAGCUCACCAUGGGCGGCAUUUUGGCCGGCGUGGCCUUCAUCAUUUCCGGAGUGGUGGAGCUUAAUUUGGAGAAAACCUAUCCCGACCUGCCCUACAGCCACAAUGUCCAGCUGCGCAUCUUCAAUACCGAGAACUGCGCGUACACUCUCUCUGGGACCCUAAACGGAAAUCAGCUGGAACCCUUCCAGGUGCCGGCAUUGAAUGUCUACACGGACAAGGAUUUGUAUGUGGAGAACACGGCGAAUCUGAUCUACACACUGACCAGCGAUGUGGAAGGUUGUGCCGGAUACACUGGCAACCAGUUGCUGACCCAGGAGACGGCCUGGUCGCUGUUCCUCAAUCCCCAGAAUGCCAGCUCCACGCAAUACUGGGAGAAGGACUUUGUGGACAAGCCCAGCGAGAGUCAUCCGCUCAUCCGAAAUGUGGCCAAUAUUGAUCCCACGCAGAAGGUGGUGUGGCGUAGUGUCUCCAAAAACGAGGUGGUCUACGAUGAUUUCGCCAACGAGACACUUCUCACCCGCGUCAACUCCGGCGAAUAUGCGGUCUUCGUUGGAGACUCUAAUAUUGGAACCUUUAAUGUCCACACGGGAGGCGUUUACACGCUCCUCAUUAUCCCCAAUUCGGCUGGAACUUAUACGACCAAUCUGGUGACGGUGACGGAACCCAAUUCGAUGAAUAUCCUUUGGCUGAUCCCCCAAUAUGUGAUCAUGACCUUGGGCGAGGUGAUGUUCUCAGUGACGGGUCUGGAAUUCUCCUAUGCCCAGGCUCCGCCCAGCAUGAAGAGUGUUCUGCAGGCCUGCUGGCUGCUGACCGUUGCCUUUGGCAAUGUCAUUGUGGUCAUCAUUGCCGAGGCCGCUUUGUUUGAGUCGCAGGCCAGUGAGUUCUUCCUGUUUGCCGGCCUCAUGUUCGCCGACAUGCUGCUCUUUAUGGUGAUGGCCUACUACUAUGUACCGAACAAUCCCAAUAAGAGUGACGAAGAGAUUCAACCGCUGACUGGUGGAGAUGGCGAUGCCAAGACCGAGAUUCCCGCCCUUGAGGGCGGUGUCGAGAACAAGGGCAAGGACAUCAAGGAGAGCGAAUAGAGGAUCGCUCCGAAUUUAGUCUGAUCUAAUCCUGCUCGCUCCCGCGUUGUGUGUAUUAUAUGUAUUUGUAUUUGUAUUUGUAGAUGUGUAUAUGUGAAUCCUUAGUGGCUUCUGUCCAUAACCAGGCUAAGUGUAAGUGAAGCCCCAACUGGGGCGGCGUUGUUGCAUAUGACAAGACAUCCAAUUUAGUUAAAAUAAUAAAAGAAAACUAUUGAUACAAUUUA